AUGACCUCCAACUCCAGUGCAGGGAACAGCUCCAGCUCUGUGCUGAGUGACAUCUUCCUCCUCCAAUCCAGGAGGCUCUUUGCUUCCAUCUACUUUCUCAUUUUCCUGCUGGGUGUGCCUGGGAAUGUCCUGCUGCUCCUGGUCCUGAUCCCAGACCUCAUGAGGACUGGUGCCAGCCACGUCUCCCGCCUGACCGGGCCCCUGCUGGUCAAUAUUGCUCUCCUGGACCUCCUCUUCUUCCUCUACGUCGUCCCGGUGAUGUUUGGCAACGUGCUCUUCAAGGGCUGGCCCUUGGGCUACGUGGUGUGCGUCACCUACAACAGCCUGUCCCUCUCCAUCAUCUUUGCCGAUUUCUACAGCCUGCUGGCAGUCUCCCUGCUGCGCUACGUGGCGGUGACCUACCCGACGCGCACCAUGGCUGUGUCCCAGAGGCUCAUCGCCUGGGCCUGCGUGUUUAUAUGGGCGCUUGGCUUCCUCUUCUCCAUCCCCUUGUGGAUUCACUACACAACAGUGGAGGUGGAGGGGGAGACGUACUGCGUGAACCAAAUGCUCAAGCAGCAGUUGGCUCUUUACUUCAGGCUCCUGGGGGGCUUGGCGUUCCUCCCCCCCAUGCUACUGAUGAUCCUCUGCUACUCCAGUAUCAUCUUCACCCUGUGGGUUAGGAGGGGGCUGGCCGUCCACACGGCCUCCAGUCUCCAGGUUAACAGGCGUGCCACGGUCAUGGCUCUGGUCACCGUGGUGACCUUUGUGGUUAUGUGGGUCCCCUACUGGCUGGUGGUUUUCCUCACGAAGGAUGAUGAGUUGCUCACCACAGGCCCCAUGUACUUGGCGUCCAACCUGACCACCUUGCUGGCCUACGCCAACCGCUGCGUCAAUCCCAUCAUCUGCUUCAGCCUCUCCAGCCAGUAUCAGGCCGGGCUGAGGAAGCUUGUGAGGCGGACAGGGUGCUGCCUCGAGCCAAGGUGCUCCACGGACACGGUCAGGGUGGAAGUUGCGGCUGGCGAGGGAGGAGCGCUGUAG